AUGGUCAUAUCCAGAGAGUUGGUAUUGAAAGCGGAUCGCAAGCAAGCGCCGUAUGCGUCUCUCUUAGCACUUGCUGCUUCAGGAUUUUCGUUGGAAAAAUCAGUACAGUUUUCUGAUGGUCAGAAACUGGUUCUCAACUUGGAUGGAGAACUUGUCUCUAAUGAUGUUGAAAUCGCCAAGAUUAUUUCUCAAAGCACAGCUUCUGCUGAUCGUCUUCUCGGAACAUCUAUCGUCGAUUUUGCUGUUGUUGACGAUAUCACCAACGUUGUCGCUGAAGCAGUCACGAAGAAUGAUUUUUCUUGUCUUCUCGAGAAGGACUUUCCUAACAAAAUUUUUGAAAAUUUGCUGACUGUUGCUGACUUUGCUAUUUUCUCGGUGGCUCAUAACAACGCUGAAUUGAAAACCAAGUUUUCUGGUAUCAUCGAUCGCGUCCUGAAGGAUUCAUCUCUGGCUGCUGCGCACAACUUCGUUGGACUUUACAAGGUCGCUGCCGUUCCAGCUGUUAAGAAUGUUUUGACUGCUGGUAAAGAAAAGAAGAAAGACGAGGGAAAAUUCGUCGAGCUUCCUGGUGCCGAGAAAGGAAAAGUCGUGGUUAGAUUCCCUCCAGAAGCAAGUGGUUAUCUUCACAUCGGACAUGCGAAGGCUGCUCUUCUCAAUCAGUACUACCAACAAGAGUUUGAAGGCCAGCUGAUCAUGAGAUUCGAUGACACAAAUCCAGCAAAAGAGAAUGCUCACUUUGAGCAUGUUAUCAAAGAAGAUCUUGCUAUGCUGAACAUUAUCCCAGAUCGAUGGACUCACUCCUCUGAUCACUUUGAAAUGCUUCUGACCAUGUGUGAGAAACUACUCAAAGAAGGAAAAGCUUUUGUGGAUGAUACUGACACUGAAACUAUGCGAAAUGAGCGAGAACAGAGACAGGAUAGUCGAAACCGUGGAAACACUCCGGAUAAAAAUUUGCAACUAUGGGAAGAGAUGAAAAAAGGAACCGAGAAAGGCUUAACUUGUUGUGUUCGCAUCAAAAUUGACAUGAAGUCCAAUAAUGGAGCCAUGAGAGAUCCGACAAUUUAUCGGUGCAAGCCAGAGGAACAUGUCAGAACCGGACUCAAAUACAAGGUUUACCCAACAUAUGAUUUCACCUGCCCGAUUGUCGAUAGUGUCGAAGGCGUUACUCAUGCUCUCAGAACAACUGAAUAUCAUGAUCGUGAUGAUCAGUACUACUUCAUCUGUGAUGCACUCGGUCUUCGUCGUCCAUACAUCUGGGAGUAUGCUCGCUUGAAUAUGACAAACACAGUGAUGAGCAAACGAAAGUUGACAUGGUUCGUCGACGAAGGACAUGUUGAAGGAUGGGAUGAUCCAAGACUUCCAACCGUUCGCGGAGUCAUGAGAAGAGGAUUGACUGUUGAUGGGCUCAAGCAGUUCAUUGUCGCGCAAGGAGGAUCGAGAUCUGUCGUUAUGAUGGAAUGGGAUAAGAUUUGGGCGUUCAACAAAAAAGUAAUUGAUCCAGUUGCUCCAAGAUAUACUGCUCUUGAAACAACCGAUUCCAUUGUCACUAUCGAACUGGUCGAUUCGAUUGGAGAUGACACUUCUACCGUUUCCCUUCAUCCAAAGAACGCCGAAGUAGGAAACAAGGAUAUUCACAAAGGCAAGAAGCUGUUUUUGGAGCAAAUCGAUGCGUCCACUCUCAAAGAAGGCGAGACUGUGACAUUCGUUAACUGGGGCAACAUCAAAAUCGGCAAAAUUGAAAAGAAGGGAAACGUCGUGACAAAGAUCACUGCAUCUCUCCAGUUGGACAACACUGAUUACAAGAAGACGACGAAGGUGACAUGGUUGGGAGAUGUGAAAACUGAAUCUGGAAAACCUAUCCCAGUUGUAACCGCCGAGUAUGAUCAUAUCAUCAGUAAAGCAAUUAUUGGAAAAGACGAAGAUUGGAAACAAUUUAUCAAUUUCAAUUCAGUGCACUACAAAAAAAUGAUCGGAGAACCAGCAAUCAAGAAUGUGAAGAAGGGUGACAUUAUUCAACUUCAAAGAAAGGGAUUUUACAUUGUGGAUCAACCAUAUUCACAAAAAAGCGAGCUCAGCGGUGUUGAAACCCCUCUUCUUCUCAUUUCCAUUCCAGAUGGACAUACAGGAAAAGAAGCUGAAAAAGUCCCGAAAGCAGCAGCCGCCACGAAUGAACAAGCGAAGUCAUCUGGAAGCUCCGAAGCCCUCCAAAUCUACACAUCGAUCGAGCAACAAGGAAACUUGGUCAGAGACCUCAAAGCUAAAGAUGCAAAGUCACAAGACACCAAGGAUGCUAUUGCGAAACUUUUGGAACUCAAAAAGAAGUUCAAGGAUGUAACUAGCGCUGAUUUCAAACCGGGUCAACCUCCUGCGGCUCCUGCUCAAUCAUCUACCGGAGGUUCAGACAUUGCUGCCCAAAUCGAUGAUCAAGGACUACUCGUAAGAGAUUUGAAGGCGAAAGAUGCAAAGUCUCAAGCAACCAAGGAUGCGAUCGCUAAGCUAUUGGAGCUAAAGAAGAAGUACAAGGAUGUCACCGGGUCGGAAUAUAAACCUGGUGCUGCACCUGCUGCUCCAGCUCAACCAUCAACCGGAGGUUCAGACAUCGCCGCCCAAAUCGAUGCUCAAGGACUACUCGUGAGAGAUUUGAAGGCAAAAGAUGCCAAGUCUCAAGCAACCAAGGACGCUAUUGCUAAGCUAUUGGAGCUAAAGAAACAGUACAAGGACGUCACCGGAUCUGACUAUAAACCUGGGUCUGCACCAGCUGCUGCUCCAGCUCAACCAUCAACCGGAGGUUCAGACAUCGCCGCCCAAAUCGAUGCUCAAGGACUACUCGUGAGAGAUUUGAAGGCAAAAGAUGCCAAGUCUCAAGCAACCAAGGACGCUAUUGCUAAGCUAUUGGAGCUAAAGAAACAGUACAAGGACGUCACCGGAUCUGACUAUAAACCUGGGUCUGCACCAGCUGCUGCUCCAGCUCAACCAUCAACCGGAGGUUCAGACAUCACCGCCCAAAUCGAUGCUCAAGGACUACUCGUGAGAGAUUUGAAGGCAAAAGAUGCCAAGUCUCAGGAAACCAAAGAUGCUAUCGCUAAACUAUUGGAGCUGAAAAAGAAGUACAAGGACGUCACCGGGUCUGACUAUAAACCUGGUGCUGCACCUGCUGCUCCAGCUGCAGCUCCAUCAUCUACCGGAGCUAAUGGAGUGGACGAAGCCGCCCUUCUGGAAGAAAUAAAUCAGCAGGGUGCUGCCGUGAGAGAAGCAAAAGCGAAAGAUCCGAAGUCGCAAGAAUCAACUGAUGCCAUCAAUAAACUAUUGGCAUUGAAAGCAACCUUCAAAAAAGUUACUGGAAAAGAUGUUCCAGCUCCAUCGAAUUCCAAGCAUGGAAAGAAGAAGUAG